GAUUAAAGGGCACAAAUAUGAAGAGGAGUCGAUUCUUAACCGGAGAGAAUUACGAAUUGGCACAAAAUAUCGCAUGUUUUGCUAACCGAGUGGUCCCGAUUGUGUUGUGGGGGGGGGGGGAAAACAAAUCCCAACGGCGUUUUUGAUCCAUGGAAAAGUGUUUAAGAGGAGGUUUGGCGGGGUUAGCGCCGUAGCUAGUUUAUAAGCGGUAAUGGCAGCCGUCAGCGGCAGGAUGGCUUAAGUUUCCAUCACCUUAAUCGAUCAGCUGAACCGAAUUGAUAUCAACUCAUAGCCAAUUUAAAAACGACUGUUUGCAAAAGUCAACUACACGAUAAUGAGAGACAGUGAUUUAUUCAAUGCGUAAAUUGCGCGCUCAGGAUAGAGCGACGACUCUCCUUAUUAAUCCACGGUUGGAUCGAUAGUCCGCUGUUCGUCCAAGAUGGGCGAGUCUCAGGAUCCCCACACGCUGGGGGAUGAAUUCAUCGGCAGCGACCAUUUAUCCUCGCCCUAUAUGCCCCCGUACCGCUGCGCGUUGCCCGGCCGAGAUCGGCUCCACACCCAGAAGAGCAACGUGUGUUCCCGGGCUUAUUUCGUGGUGGUCAUGGUCUUCUUCCACGUCUACAUCCUGAAUGUCAUCGCUCUUCUUCUCUACGUGCACUACAACAACGGCCCCGUCGGUGUCGGCGGUGACGAUGGAGCCUCCCCUGCGUCCGUCAGCCAGGGUGGAGGGGCCCUGCCUCCUCCCCCGCCGUCCCGAGAUCUUGAUAUGGAUGACUACCGCCAGAGUUUCACUCUUCCCCGCAUUGAGGGGAUACGGGUAGGUCAUGUGCAGCGGGUGUCCCUCAUGCCUGACAGAACACAUGAAAUGAAGACCCUCAGCCUGAAACCUCUGCUCUUUGAAAUCCCUGGCUUCCUGUCUGAGGAGGAGUGUCGUGUGGUGGUGCAGCUGGCUCAGCUAAAAGGUUUGAUGGAGAGCCAGACAACGGCACCCAGUGGGGGGCAAGAGGAGUCAAACCAGCCGCUCUUCUCUCUCAGCACAGACGAGAUCUUCGGCCUGCUGGACCUGGACCAGGACGGGCUGCUGCAGCGGCAGGAGAUUGUGAGUCAUUCACGCUCUCGAGAUGGCACCUGGUUGAGCCCAGAGAGCCUACGGCAGAUACUCACUGGCCUGGAGGCCUGUCCAGCAGGUGUGUUGACGUUAGAGGAGUUCAGACGUGUGUACGAUGUGUCUCAGCGCCACAGUCCGCAACCCAGUGUGACCCUCCAGGGGCAAGUCAAACGAAGAAGCAAACAUACCUGGCUCUACCAAGGCCCCGGGUCUCACCAUGUGCUACACACACUGCGCAACAGAGUGACACGUCUCACACGUCUGCCCUCCCCAUUGGUUGAGCUGAGUGAGCCGCUGCAGGUGAUUCGUUACGAACAAGGAGGUUUCAGUAACGCCCACCACGACAGCAGCCCCGCCCACUCAGAUACUACCUGUGCCCAUACGCAACUAGCAGGAAACACAUCUGCACUCACAGAAAUCAGCUGUAGGUACCUCACCAUUUUGUUCUACCUCAAUUCUGUGGAGGAGGGCGGAGAAACCACCUUCCCUGUGGCUGAUAAUCGCACCUAUGAGGAGGAGGCGCUGGUCCAGGAUGGAGUCGACCUGACAGACACCCAGAAGACAUGUGCUGUAGGAAACUUGAGGGUGAAACCCACGGCCGGGACGGCUCUGCUCUGGUACAACCACCUUUCUGAUGGUAGAGGUUGGAUGGGCGAGCUAGAUGAGUAUUCCCUCCAUGGGGGCUGCCCAGUCAGCCGUGGGGUGAAGUGGGUGGCCAACAGCUGGGUGAAUGUAGACCCAGACCACCAGCGGCAGGCCCACUACCAGAGACUAGUCACCCACAGACAGGAAGCUCAGUCAGGCAUGGAGGAGCAGUACCACCAUCAUUCCCACAGCGAUCUCCACCAGGACCUAUAGCUACUCCUCAAAAGAUUUAGAAACACGGGCUUUGUCAUGCUGAAACUGUAAUAGUCUUGCACCACAAUCAUUUAAGCUAAUGGUGGGUGUUCCUGAAAUGGCCAGCAGGCAUUUCCAGGACCUCAAACACCGUAGUCGUACUAAAAUUUGCACAUAGGUACCUGAAAAUACCAUCCCAGAAAUCUUUUCCUAUCACCAAGCUCAUUUUGCAUCCUAAUGUGUGUGUCAGGCCAUGACUGUCACCAAUAUACUUUGUAGACAAUUGUCUUGAUUUAUAACUGGGAUUUGUGGCCAGCAAACCCGUAUUCCUUCAGAACUUCAUGGAUCCAUGGAUUAAGCAGGUAUGACUUUAAUAAUUUGCAUUGACAGAUUGUAAACCAUCCCGUUUCAAAAUGCUCCUAAUAAAAGUUUAGCUUUUUCGGAGCAAUGGGUAAUUUAUGGCUACUAUCUUCCCAGCUCGCAGAGUUGCAAGAGCAUCUGAGGUUAAGUCUGCAUUAACUGCCUUCUAUUCAGUUUAAAUAGAAACCAACCCCUGGUAUAAAUGAGAGUUAAGUUAGAAUAGAAGUCCUGUUACGAGCCAUAUCUGUGAAUGUCUUCCAGGGGGAAUUUUGUGACUCUGCUAUAUCUAUUGUUUUUUUUCCACAUGUGUUCCCAAUGUAAUGAGGUCUUUUUUAUCCAUGGUGCACUAUUCAUGUUGGUUUGCCAGACCUACACCCAGUCCAACAGCCACAGGCGGAUUUGGAUAGGCUCAUUGAAUCUGAUAAACCAGGUAUUCAGGUGUAUUUCUGAGUGUCUUCUUUUAUUUUGUGUUAAUUUUGUGCUUUACUUUGCUGAUAACAAAAAAGAACUAUUUUAUCAGAGUAUUUAUUUGGCUAUUAUUUAUUGAGACUAUUUGAUAAAUUAAGUUAAUUGAAUGCUUAUUUAUUACAGUUUGAUGUUGCACUGAACCCAU